GAGCUGAAGUUGUGUUUUCUGUGGAUUGCACCAAGCUGAAGGACUAUUUUUUACCAGAAGAAAGAGUAUUUGAUUGUAUUUAUUUCAACUUCCCUCACUGUGGGAGAAAGGCUGGCAUAGUGAAGAAUAGAGAGCUUCUUGCCCACUUUUUCCAUAGCUGCGCAGAAGUGCUGACAGAGGAGGGAGAGGUCCAUGUGGCUCUUUGCAAUGGACAGGGCGGGACACCUGCUGAUCAACCAAGGAGAGAAUGGCACAACAGCUGGCAAAUAGUGGCCGUGGCAGCAGGAGCUGGAUUUAUCUUGAGUAACAUUCAUCCUUUUAAAGCAGAGACUAUCCAUGGAUAUAAGUGUACAGGCUACAGGAGUCAAGAUAAAUCUUUCUGUGUAGAGGGUGCUUUAAACCACAUUUUCACACGAAGCACGCCGCUACCAUAUUUCAAACCUAUGAUCUGCAAGACAGAACUGGAAAGCCAAAAAGUUUCUUUUCGAGUACCACAAGUACUUGUGGAUAAAAUUAAUAGGGGUUUCCUAGAACUCAAUUCAAAUCACCCAGUACGGACAGUAAAGGAGAAGCUCACUGCAGAGCUGAGCCAAGCCUUUCCGUUACAGAACAUUGACGACUGCCCUUUCCUGCUCCACCGAGGUCACCUCAAUGGUGUUUGUCACUCACGUAUCUUUUGGAUCAUUCCGAGCCCAGAGGAGACUCCAAGCACUGAAGAAAUGUCUAAUGGACUGGCAAAUGCAGUUUUAUUUUCCCAUGUUGAUUUUUGCAGUGACACACAUAAGAAUGGCUGGGUGAAUGCACAAGAGGGAUGCAACGUUUCCGAACAGUAUUAUCUUAGACCUUCCCUUCUGCCUAUUGCUCAGGCAAUAAUACAAAGAGGAGCCUUUCUCCCAGGGACGCUUCAUGUUCUUUCUGGCCCAGUUUUCAGGAAGUGUCUCAUCACUCCUUACUCCAUGCCUGUUUUUCAUGAGAUGGUUUUUACAUGUGCAGUCAACAGGGGUACAGAGAACAGCUGCAUUGAGAUUUUGGCGAGGAACAUUAAAACCAGCGUACAUUCUCUUCAGCAGGCUGUUUCUGGCUUUAAACUGAAUAUCAAUCUGCAUGAAGCAACGAGCUUUGAAACAUCGGAGCUAAAUGACUUUGCUGCUUUUGAAUCUCAGUUUAGUAAAAUUCAGUACUUCAUCUGUGUGGAGAUAGAUACUCCAGGCUCUUGUGAGAAGGGCUCCUGUGUGGGAAUUAUAACUCAUUAUGAACUAGGAAGCAGUGAGUUGGUUGUUGUCUUUGCUUCGUUGAAUCUUGACCUCCUAACCAUGCUAAUCUGUGGAAUAUCUGACUGGCGAAUGCUCUGGACAUCAGACGCACGGUUCAUCAGUCAAUUUCCUGGAGGACAGUUAAGGCUUUUCAAGAGUUUUUCUCUCUAUCCACCUUCCUAUGUGCAUGAUGUCAGCUUUUGGGUUCCUGAUGGGGAACAGUUUGAUGAAGUUGCUUUUCACACCAUUGCUAGGGAGGUGUCAGGUGAAACAGUCAUAGCCCUCCAGUUAAUUGAUAGUUUCCAGCAGCCAGAGACUGGACGGAAGAGCCUCUGCUACAGGCUGACCUUUCAGUCCUGUGACAAAGCGCUGAGCCGCCAGGAGGUGGCAGAGAUGCAGCUG